AUGGCAAAAAAGAAGAAAGCCAACAAGGUGGAAUUGGAAUCAAAGUAUGCAGCUGCACAAGAAGAACAUUCAGACAUGAAAACAAUGAUGGGUGCGGCUCGUGGUAUGAUUCAGCGUCUUGUGCUGCAAGAGGGAAACAAGGAGGAACUAGACAAGAUUGAAGCCAGCAUUGCUAAGGCCAAGUUAGCCCAUACUGAACUCCAAGAUGAUUCUGUGUUCUUGGAUGCAAUGACACCAGAAAGUAGGAAAGCUUACACAGAUCAUUUGGAGGAUCGGAUCAAUGCAAACAUGGCGCUUGUAAAGAAAUCUCGGAAGAAGCCUUGUUCAGUGAUGCUGCAAGUGAUAGUGAUAGUGAUGAUAGUAUUUAGUAGUGAACAAAGGGUUUCUAUUCUGUCAUAUAUGCAUGACCAUGCUUGUUGGUACGCAUGCCAGUUUGCAUUGAUCGCAACUCUGAGUUCCAUAGAGAUAGAUGCAGAGGCUUGUUCUCUUGGCUCCCUACUUCCAUAG